UGCCCAACGCCACUUAUGCAUGAGCGUUGGAGAGGCUUGGAUCUGGCAUGCAUUGAUUGCUAAAGAUGUGAAAAUGGCGGAGUUACAAAUGCUUUUGGAAGAGGAGAUUCCAGCUGGACGUAGUGCUUUAUUAGAUAGUUUUACCAAUUUAGAAAGAGUUGCCGAGUAUUGCGAAAGCAACUAUGUUCAGUCACCAGAUAAGCACAGAGCGUUGGAGGAGACUAAGAACUACACCACCCAGUCUCUGGCCAGCGUAGCCUACCUGAUCAACACCUUGGCCAACAAUGUCCUGCAGAUGCUUGACAUUCAGGCCUCCCAGCUCCGCCGCAUGGAGUCCUCCAUCAACCACAUCUCACAGACAGUGGACAUCCACAAAGAGAAAGUGGCCAGGCGGGAGAUUGGCAUCCUGACCACCAAUAAGAACACCUCUCGCACACAUAAGAUCAUUGCUCCGGCCAAUCCAGAGAGGCCGGUGCGCUACAUCCGCAAGCCAAUCGACUACAGCCUGCUGGAUGACAUGGGCCACGGAGUCAAGUGGUUGCUAAGGUUUAAGGCCAGUGCUCAGAACAUGAAGGCCGGAGCCACAGGUCUCCCUCGCACCAAUCCACCCACACAGAAGCCGCCAAGCCCACCCAUGUCAGGGAAGGGAACCAUUGGGCGCCACUCCCCCUAUAGGACACUCGAGCCGGUGCGUCCUCCCGUUGUCCCUAACGACUACGUCUCGAGCCCGACGCGCCAUGGCAACAUGGCGCCCCCACAGCAGAGCCCUGCACGCACUGCGUCUGUUAAUCAGAGGAACCGCACGUACAGCAGUGGCAGCAGUGGAGGCAGCCACCCCAGCAGCAGCAGCCGCAGCAGCAGCAGAGAGAAUAGCGGCAGCGGCUCCGUGGGCUUGCCUAUCGCCGUGCCAACGCCUGCCCCGCCCCCCACAGCAUUCCCAGGUGCCCCCCAGUUCUUCAGCAUGAACCGGCCGGUGCAACCACAGAACCCUCCUGCGGUGGGGGGGUCUCUGCCAUACCGCCGGCCCGCGUCAUUGACGGGCCAGCCCAACUCCAACAUGGCCCUGAACCAGCCCCAGCCCAACGGAGGACCCCACUUCAACCAGGUCCCAGCAGGUCCUCUUGUUGCCCCCCCUUCCCCCUCCAUGCAGAUCACUCCUCAGCUCCCUCUGAUGGGCUUUGUGGCUCGGGUACAGGAGACCAUCUCAGACGUGCCCCCUCCCCCGCCCCCUGUAGAAGAAGCUGUGUUUGAGGAACCCACCCCGCCCCCUCCAGAGGACUAUGAGGAUGAUGAUGAUGAGGAGGAAGAAGAGUCGGCCGUGGUGGAAUACAGUGAUCCCUAUGCAGAGGAGGACCCCCCGUGGGCCCCACGCACCUACAUGGAGAAAGUGGUGGCGAUCUACGACUACGCGGCGGACAAGGAGGACGAGCUAUCCUUCAACGAGGGCGCUAUCAUCUACGUCAUCAAGAAGAACGACGACGGCUGGUACGAAGGAACGAUGAGUGGCACCACCGGCCUCUUCCCCGGAAACUACGUCGAGUCCAUCAUGCACUAUGCCGACUGAGGAAGAGGAGAGGUUAUAGGAAGGUCAAAGACUUUGUUAGGCAGAGCAUGAUCACAUUGAGGAAGUGACGAGCGUUCAUGAAGAGUAUACAACUAUCCUCAACCGGUCUACCAGAUGAAGUACAUUGUACAAUGGCCACUUGUAGAUAUUUCCCGUGUUUUUGAAUGACGAGACUUUAUGGUGGGGGUUUUUGUAUGUACUAUUAGGGCUUCAUUUUGUCUUUACUAUUAUUACAAGGAAGGCUACAAGGAUUAUUGCGAUUUAAAAAAAAAAAAAAUCUUUCCUUUUGCCUUUAUUUUAAAGUUUUAUUUAUGUGGACCAUGUAUUAUAUAGGGAGGGAUGGUACGGUGGCCAGGGCUGCUUGAUUAAGGAUAGAAAUAGAUCCUAAUGAAGUUCUCUACUCUCAGCCCAAGAGAAGACGCAAGAUGAGAUGAGAAUGCUUCUUUUUUUUUGACACUCUCCGAGCCUUUCUAGACUCAUAUUUAUUUAAAACCAGGAACAGCUCCUAUUGGUUAGUGGGAUUAGGAGAUGGAUUGUUGCGCUUGAACUUUAUACAAUGUCCCGUUACGCGAGAAGACAAGCACAUACUGUAUGUCUACAUUUGACUAUAACAGCUAGAUAUUAGUGGUGGGUAAGACUGGGGGAAAAAAAGACAAACUGAUUUGUUUUCAGCUCACCUGAACACCCAUUUUGAAACUCUUCAGUUUGGAUUCAGUAGGUAAUGAAUUGGUUCUGGCCCAAGGCUAGCUAGGGCAGCUUAGAACAUGCUCAGUCACUACUUCACUUGCCUCACUUCACAGGCCAGAUGGGUAGAGCAGUGUUUCUCAACCUUGUGGUCAGUUCUAGUUUUAAUUGAAGACGUUGGCUUCCAUGGCACAAAACAAGUUUGAGUCUUAAGUCUCUUCCUUACCUUGUAAUCAAGACAGAAUAGAUUGACUUUGUCUGGGAGUCUCUUUUAGGAAGAUAAAAACUGACCACUCAACGAUUUCAAUAUUUGAUGCUUAUUCGUUCUUAUUGUAGUGGGUCUUCACCAAAGCGUGGCAGAUGGCAUGCUUUUGAAAAAACAUUCAAUAGUCUCCUUUUCUGCUAUAUUAUUCCUGUCUUAAUAUUUUAGAUAUGGUGUGGUUAUUGGCUUGGUUUUAAAUAUUCACCCAUAUUACCAUUGUUGACAGGUGGGGUUUCAUGAUGCAUUUAUAGGUGAUAAAGGAAGCUUGUGCCAUAUUGAAGUGUGCGUGUGUAGGUGUCACUUCCAUUUGCAAUAACAUUUCAAAAAGACCAGUGGGAUGGGUUUGAAAAUGUAGAUCUUUAAAUUGUUUGGGAUUGAAAGCACAUUUAUGAUAAGUGAAUUGUUACUGAAAUAACAUUUAAAAUAAGCUGUAUUACUGCCUCAUGAGGACUAAUAUUAAAGUGAGCCGUUGUAGAAAUUAUCCAACAAACCGGCACCAAAACCUUUCAAUGACUCCAUGCUGAAACUGAUGCAUUGAGUGUGUUUAUAUAGUCUCGAGAGGUACAAGUAUUAUUGCCAAUGUGCUUGGCUGUGUCUGAGGGCUCUGUGCUUGUCUGUCAGUCAAAUCCUUUAUUUUUUAUUAAAGUGGGUCUGUUGAGUCUU